AUGAUACCAACGUCAACGAUGAACAACGGAAACUUUUCGAUGCCGUACAUUCCGUCGGUGUCGUCCGCAGCUGCGGCCAAUAUGUCAUCAGUCGCAAAUAUGACGGCUGCAUACUUCAACUCAAAAAGUGCUGCCUAUGGAGCACCACAUCUCGGCUUUCCGACGGCUCCUACACACAACUUCCUUCCCACUGGCAUGGGUUACAUUGGAGGAAGCUUGGCUGAAUGCCAACCAGCAGGUCUCGCCUGGAACGCAGGAGGACCACCAAGAAAACAGCGUCGCGAACGCACAACGUUCACUCGAAGUCAGUUGGAAAUUCUGGAGCACGCUUUCCUGAAAACCAGAUAUCCGGAUAUUUUCAUGCGGGAAGACAUGGCACUGAAGAUACAG